AUGACCGCCGCCGAAGUCGGCUUUCCCGAAGAUGAUGAUGGUUUCUCAUGGUUGUCACUCGCGCAAGGUGUCUUCAACUCGCAGACAAGACGCUGGGAUAAUGAAACCUGCGGCGGUGGUUUCCGGUGGCAGCACUAUCCUUACCAAGGAGCAGGAUACACACUGAAGAAUGCGAUUUCCAACGGCGGGUUCUUCCAGCUAGCUGCUCGACUGGCGCGAUAUACCGACAACAACACAUAUGCCGAAUGGGCCCAAAGGACUUGGGACUGGUCUGUUUCGACACCGUUAGUCAACAACAAAACGUGGAAUGUCGCCGACUCGACCUCGAAUAACGACGGGUGCACGACACAGGGCAAUACGCAGUGGUCAUACAACUACGGCGCGUACAUCACAGGCGCAGCCUACAUGUACAACUAUACUGGGGAAGCGCAGUGGAAACGCGCCGUCGAUGGCCUCCUCGACAGAAUACUCGAACAGUUCUACCCUCAGCGAUAUGGCGGCGGUAACGUCAUCUCUGAUAUUUGCGAGCCCGUGGAGCUGUGCAACUUCAAUGAGAUCCUCUUCAAGGGUAUCGUCUCCGCCUGGCUUACCACCGUUGCCACGAUCGUCCCUGACACGUAUGGCCGGAUUUUCCCAAAGCUGCAAACGUCCGCCCAGGCUGCUGCGCUCUCCUGCAGUGGAGCGGGCAAUAGUUCCUGCAGCGUGAGAUGGUACCCGCGGGAGUGGGAUAAGACGAUUGGCAUGGAGCAGGAGAUUAUCGCCACGCUGAUGCUUUCUUCGGUUCUUGUCUCUGAGAAAUCAGCACCGCCUCUUACAUCGACGACAGGCGGGAACAGCACGAGCAAUCCCAACAUGGGCACCAAAGACGAUGACAAAGUAACCGAGCCAAGCAAAAUCAGUACUGGUGAUCGCGUGGGCGCGUCAAUUUUGACGGUUUUGUUUGUCGGACUUUGGGGUGGGAUGACUGCGUGGAUGAUCCUAGGGGAAAAGGAUAUGAUGGGAUAG